AUGCAAACACAAAGGCCUCGCGCUGGCCGUCCGCGGAUGCAGGAUUCUGAUGCCGACACCAGCCAGCAGGAUGAAGAGACAUGUCGUCGAACCCGCAUGCGUCUAGCGCAGCGCAGAUAUCGCUCCAAAAAGCAAGAUGCCCUCGCUGCCGCCGAGCAAAAGGCCGCCGCGCUUGAGAACGCUCUCCGCGGCACCAUCUCCGCCUUUCGCGGCCUGCAAAGGUCGCUUCUCCAGUAUCCUGCAGGCUACGUGCCACUCGAUGUCAACCUUGCCAUUGGCAAGACGUCGGUAGAAAUGUCCAAUCUUCUCCACAGCAGCGGCGUCCAGCUGCAGGACACGUUGGCCUGCAGCCUUCUCGACUGCACUCAAGCCACGUGCGCUCGUAGGAUCCUCUCAGAGAGCAUCACGCGCUCUGCAUCCGACUUUGAUCUACAGUCUUCACAAGGCAGCGAGCUGGGCAGCGACUUGGGCAGCUACACACCGGAAUUUUCACCAGGCAUGCAUACCCUGCCUGGUGAGCUGCUGCCACCACAGCCAAUGGUACAGUCAUCUCCUGGCGACAUCCUUGGCAAUCUCGAUUACGCCGGACGCUUUCUACCGCAGCUACAUAGAAAGAUAGAGGGCUCGACGGAAAUGGUGCUACGAUUAGCGCCGCCAAAGCUGCAACGCCUCAAGUACGGUCUCACGCGAACAUGGUUCGACACGGAUCUGCCACAACUUGCCGGCGAGUGGCUAGAGGCUUCGGAUGUGGAGGAGUAUUUGACGCAGCGAGGUAUUCACGUCAGGAACAAGUCGCAAAAGACGGUCACACUGCAUCUCGGAUCCGAAGUAAGCGAGGCCGACGCAGAGGGUCCUUUUACGCCAGAGUCGUGGGAGCCCGAGCUACCUGACUGGACAAUUUUUGGCAGGCAGCUCGACGAGCGACAAGAUAUCCCCAGCGGCCUGCGUGUGGUCUCAGCAGCGUCGCCUAUGCCAGACUUGACGGGACAAUCACCCACGUCAUCACUGCCAUCGACGCCGCAGAGAAGGAUUACCAUUGAUGUGGACAAGCUCAUCGCGGGCCUGGCCUGCAAGGGCAUCUGCCUAGGGCCAGCCCCGGGUAUUCGCAGGCAUCAUGUCGACGAAGCCAUACAGGGCGCUGUGCAAAUUUGUUAG